AGAAUGAUGACGUUGCACGCUGGGUGGGAACUGACGACACCUGUGCUCAUCGCUGCUUCCGGUCCGCGUGGGGUGCUUUCUCGUUCUGGUGGCGGGCUUAGGGUCGGCGUUGGGGCGCGGUGCGGCUCAUAUUUUCACAAGUCGGUCUCCGUUGUCCGGGACUAUGGCCACCGACUCGUGGGCCCUGGCGGUGGAUGAACAGGAAGCGGCUGUAAAGUCGAUGACCAAUUUGCAGAUCAAGGAAGAGAAAGUCAAAGCAGAUACCAAUGGUAUUAUCAAAACCAGUACCACUGCGGAGAAAACAGAUGAAGAGGAGAAAGAGGACAGAGCUGCCCAGUCCUUACUCAACAAGCUGAUCAGAAGCAACCUUGUCGAUAACACAAAUCAAGUGGAAGUCCUCCAGCGGGAUCCAAACUCCCCCCUGUACUCAGUGAAGUCUUUCGAAGAGCUUCGACUGAAACCACAGCUGCUCCAGGGAGUCUAUGCUAUGGGCUUCAACCGACCAUCCAAGAUACAAGAGAACGCAUUACCCAUGAUGCUUGCUGAACCCCCACAGAACCUGAUUGCCCAAUCUCAGUCUGGCACUGGUAAAACAGCUGCCUUUGUCCUGGCCAUGCUCAGCCGAGUGGAGCCAGCAGACAGACACCCCCAGUGUCUGUGCCUCUCCCCAACAUACGAGCUGGCGCUUCAAACAGGAAACGUGAUUGAGCAGAUGGGCAAAUUUUACCCAGAGCUGAAGCUUGCCUAUGCCGUUCGAGGCAAUAAAUGUGAGUAUAGCAGGUUCUGCUCCCUGCCUUCCUUUCAGCAUCCAACUCUGCUUCCUGCAGGGAUCGACGUUGAACAAGUGUCCGUCGUUAUCAACUUUGAUCUUCCCGUGGACAAGGAUGGGAACCCUGACAAUGAGACAUACCUACACCGGAUCGGGCGCACGGGCCGCUUUGGCAAGAGGGGACUGGCAGUGAACAUGGUGGACAGCAAGCACAGCAUGAACAUUCUGAACAGAAUCCAGGAGCAUUUUAAUAAGAAGAUAGAAAGAUUGGACACGGAUGAUUUGGACGAGAUCGAGAAAAUAGCCAACUGAGAAGCUCCACCAGCCACUGGUGCCAGCCCUGGCACUGCCCCAGCAUGGGAGACAAGUGUGUUCAGGGCACAGGCCCCGACAUCACCCCAAGGAUAGCGGCACGAGGAGAGAGAAACUACCUACCUCACUUCAAAUUAUAUUUGGACUUGACAAAAAUGUGUGCAAAUGAUGGGGGGCAAUAGAAGGAAAAUUUUGCAUUUUGGAAAAUUGGGUCCUUUAACCACUUUUUUAAAGCCGCAUUUCCCCCAUCUUUAUAGUAAUCUGGUCACAUUGGCAUUCACUGGCCCCAGGACCCCCUCCUGAUUUUGCCUAGGCAUUGUGAAACCAGCUGCAGCCCCUGAAGAAAUGGUAGACAUGGAGGUUAUGUGGAGGAGGCCUUGCGGGACAUGGUGUGAACCCUGCCACCAUGGAUGGAACGAGGGAAGCGGGAGCAGAGAGGCCAGAGCUGUCCCCCAUCUGUCUCUUCACUGGACCCUUCACAAGUGUUUCUCCUGCCCUUGGGGCCGUCUUCCUUAUCCUGAAACCCAGAGACUUCCUUGGUCAUCCCUUCUCCUUUCCACCUCUGUUCUCCACAGCAGAAAGUAGUCUUCUGUCUCCCUGAUGAGCAGCUCAGCUACUUUUGUAAACUUCAGAUUUGGGGAGAAACACGGAAGUCAGUGAAUCCUGA